ACUAUUAUAUAUUUGUUGUAUAGUAAAAAAUUAUUUCAAAACAUUUGUCGCUAUGAACUCGCAACAGCUUGAAUUGGCUGAGAAGAGAGAGGGGGAGGAGAUCUUAGCAGAUCGCAUAGAAUUGCAGCAGCAUUUUCUGAAGGACUCGGUCACCAUGUUAGCGUAUCGUGAUGCUUUUAGGAAUACCCAGCACUUGUUCAAGGGCAAGACUGUGCUCGAUGUGGGCUGUGGCAUGGGUUUGCUUUCCCUCUUUGCUGCCAAAGCGGGCGCCGCCAAGGUCAUAGCCAUUGAGGAAUCCGUAUUAGCGGAUUCUGCCAAACAAAUUAUGUUGGACAAUCGAUGGAAUGGUGUUGUUCAAAUAAUCAAAGAUUCGAUCGUGAAAGUGAGGCUACCAGCUGGCAUUGAAAAGGUUGACAUAAUAAUCUCCAAUUGGAUGGGGCAAUGUCUGUAUUCGAAUUCGUUGUACCAUCACGUGCUAUUUGCACGCGACAUCUGGCUGAAGAGAAAUGGUCUCGUAUUUCCCAAGUUGGCCAAUUUGUAUAUAGCUGGUAUAACGGAUAAUGGACAUCGAGACAAAUGCAUGGACUUAUGGAAAAAUGUCCAGGGCUUUAACUUGAGUUGUGUUGGAAAAAAAGUGACAAAAAACGCAGUUAUUGAUUGCGUAACCAUACAUCAAAUACUGACCAAUAGCUGUGUCGUAAACACCGUGGAUAUGCGCAUAAUGAGGAACAAGCCUCUCCAAUUUAGAUCGGGCUUUAAACUUAAGGUUCAACAUUCGGGCGAUAUUAACGCCUUUGUCAUAUACUUUGACGUGUCCUUUCCGGUCAGCGAGACAAGGCCAACCGUAACCUUCUCCACCUCACCGCGAUCGCCCGUCACACACUGGAAGCAAACGGUGCUCUAUUUAGACAAGCCCAUUAGUGCUUUGGAAAAUGAAUGCGUGAAUGGAUUUUUCGGCAUUAUGCCCAGCGCUCAGGGCGGCAAUGCCACCGACUUUGAGCUGAGUGUUGCUUUCAAUGGGAGUGUUUGCAAACUGUAUAAACAUCAAAAGAUUUACAGCUUCAGCUAGACCACAAUUUAUGUUACAUUCAU